UUCAACACUACUAUAUAACAAAUAAUUUGAGCUAUUAUGGACCACAAAUCCGCCCCCAACAAGCAGCAGCAUCCUCCAGCCGCUCUAAAUGGAGACAACCACAACUGGAAAGAUAACCUUAACCUACCAGAGAAAGAUCAUCGCUUCAAAACCUCCGAUGUGACAAGCACGAAAGGGAAUGAGUUUGAGGAUUUCUGCCUGAACCGUGAUUUACAGAUGGGUAUUUAUGAGAAGGGCUACGAGAAACCUUCUCCGAUUCAAGAAGAGAGUAUUCCUAUAGCACUAGCAGGUCGCGACAUUUUGGCGCGAGCUAAAAACGGUACUGGAAAGACGGCAGCCUAUCUGAUCCCCAUCAUUGAGAGAGUUAAGAUUAAUCUGAAUGAAAUUCAAGCCCUAGUUAUAGUACCUACAAGAGAACUGGCCCUGCAAACAUCCCAACUGUGUAAGGAACUCGGAAAACAUAUCAAGGUACAAGUAAUGGUCAGCACCGGCGGAACUAAUCUCAGGGACGAUAUUCUUAGACUUUAUAACCCUGUCCACGUGGUAGUCGCAACCCCCGGUAGAAUACUCGAUCUCAUUGAACGUAAAGUAGCUGUUGUAAAGAAUUGUGGAAUGCUUGUGCUCGAUGAAGCAGACAAGCUACUGUCAAUGGAUUUCAAGAACUGUCUCGACACAAUAAUCUCCUACCUACCUAUCAAACGUCAGAUAAUGUUAUUCAGCGCUACAUUCCCCGUCACUGUCAAGGAAUUUAAGGAACGUCAUCUCUCUAAACCUUACGAGAUAAACCUUAUGGACGAGUUAACACUACUUGGUAUUACACAGUAUUACGCCUAUGUUGAGGAGAAGCAGAAAGUCCAUUGUCUCAACACUCUUUUCUCCAAGCUGCAAAUAAACCAGAGUAUAAUCUUCUGUAACUCUGUAAGCCGAGUUGAACUGUUGGCUAAGAAGAUCACAGAGCUGGGAUACUCGUGCUACUACAUACACGCUAGGAUGCAGCAAGCACACAGGAACAGAAUAUUCCACGACUUUAGAAAAGGAGCCUGCAGGAAUCUUGUUUGUACUGAUUUGUUCACACGUGGUAUCGACAUCUCCUCCGUCAACGUCGUGAUAAACUUCGACUUCCCCAAGAACUCCGAGACUUAUCUUCACAGAAUUGGUAGAUCCGGCAGAUACGGUCAUCUCGGAGUUGCUAUCAACCUCAUUACUUAUCAAGACAGAUACGAUCUGUACAAGAUCGAGCAGGAGCUGGGAACGAACAUACGACCCAUCCCACAAGCAAUAGACAAGAGGCUGUACGUGGCGGAGUACCAGACUGACAAGUAUAUAAACUCUGAUCAGGACAUCAUUCAGAGUCGAACUGAAUCUGAGCGAAGAUCUGAAGAACUACAAAAUCAGCAGCCAAGCCAAUAGAAUACAAGGUAUGUGGAAAAGAAGAAAAACAACUUAAAAUAAACAUCCUUCUCGGAUGAAGAGACUUGAAAUUACGUCAGAUUGUAAAUUCGAUUUGCUCUAGGGGGUGGAAAUUACUGCCCUUCAAAAACUAUUUCUCCUUUAGCCGCUCUAUACUGAGUAACUCUAGUAACUAUAGUAACUUUCCACCCCUUCUGCGAAUUUGGAGGUCCUGGUCCUAUAAUACAUGUAAGUUGCAGCCAAUUUUGCUGGCAACUACAUUAGUUGCCAUUGCAACGUAUCAUUAGUUAAUUUGCUUCCCAAUAUAGUAUUUUAGUAUGGCGCUAUGCGCUGUAAGUCCUUUCCACCGUUUUGGUCCUUAAAUUGAGCUAGUUAUAUUGUUCCAAUGUUUUAAAAUGACUUUAAAAUAGAUGCUUGAAAUUACGGCCUACGAUUCACACCGCUCGGCUUUACAAGGUAAAUGUACACGUAUUUUUCAAAGUAUAUCGCGUGCACGUGCCGUUAAUUUGCGGAACAUUUUUAUUCUCUGACACGUUACAUGGGAGUUAAUGUCAACCCAGUUUUUAGGAGUAUUUGCAGAGCUCAGAGCAGUGAAGGUAGACCCAUCCGAUAUUGUUGGGGACUCGAAAAGUUCAUUGUUACCGUUCAUUUAGUGAUGGUAAAAAUCGAUUAUAGAUAUUAAGGUCCCCUCGUAUUUUCGGGGUUUUGCUGCUCUGAGCUCUCGACGUUUUGGGAAGGUAUAUUUUUGGGAGCUCUCGUCAUUUUGCCCUGCGAGUCACUUGAUCAGAUAUUAAAAUGCAAAACCCAAAAGCUGGCCUCAGCUGCUUCUCAUAUCAAUGAUAUAAGACUUCGUUAGUAAACCCCGCGAUUGUGUAAUGUUCCGUAUGAUUGUACCAUCGCGGGUCCACGACUCACAAGGCUCAAAACAGUGUGAUUCAAAAAUAACGUCUCUAUUUCGCAAACUACGAAAAUUAAUACAGCAUAACUUUAGCUACUUGAUAGGGGUAGGAAUAGCUUACCUUUUUAGACGAAAUAGAAGCAUUAUUUCUGAAUCAUACUGAUGGCGGGAAGUUCCACUCAUUUUUGUGCAUGUGUAUUUAUAUCACUCUUACGUCAUUAAUGUGGCUACCAUACCCGUGGUUUUGUCAUAUUAUAAAGAUAAUGUGUGUAAUUUUGUAACAUGUUCUGUUCAAGGUCGGGUGAAUAUAUUCAAUUCCUGUUCGGGAAAAGCGGAAAAUCUUGAUCAUGAUCGCUUGGAACAGAUACCAAGAUUUAAGUGCUUUUUAGAAAAAUUUAGAAACAGCCUUUCAAUGUUUCAUUCGAAAAAUAGGCUGCCUUUUAGUGCUAUACGGUGAAAUUGAGGAUUGGUAAAUUUUAGGCUUUGAGUUUUCAAAGAUUAAUUUAUAGUUGAUUUAGAUUAAGCUAGAUCCCGACGUUGAAAUCAAAUUGUUUUGGACAAUGGUAGUGUAUAUCGAGCUAGAAUCAUUGUUAACUUAAUUUAAUUAAUUGAUUAAUUAUCCCAAGUUUCAGAAAAUUGUGUCCCUCUAUGUUUGGAAAAGUUCUUGUUAGUUUGGCGAUAUUCAUGAAGUUUAUAAACAACAUUAAAAACAUAACUUUGCCUUCAAGAUCAUGCUACACAUCGUUUCUAAAUCCAUUUUGAACCUGAAGGCAAAGCAAUGUUCAAUUUUUCUACAAUUUUUAGUAAAAAACUUGUGAACAGCGGAUAUGUUCAUGAUACCCAUUUGCGUGACACGUGACGCUGUGACGUCACGUGUCCAAUCAAUGACGUCACGUUUUGAGAUGACGUCAGCAGAUUUUGACAGUGAAGUGUUGAAGUGGUUGGUUGGUGGUGAGGCAGUCUGUUCAGAAGGCUAGUCCGCCUUUUCUAGGGCUUUCUCUUCAAAUUGAGCGGCUGUCUCAGCACGCGGUAGAGGAUGACGUCACGUGAAAUUUUGAUGACGUCACGUGACUACUAUGUUAUAACAUCUACAUAGAAUUGAAGUUGCCAUCUUGGUGUAAAGAUGAUGAGAGACCUUUGUAACAUCUUAUAUACGAGGCCUCGUUUUGAUCGAGGAUCAAACUCGACCACGCAUUACCGGCUGGUUCGAGGUUAAAUUAUUAUCCUUUCCGAUUUUGAUAUUAAAAAUGUUGAUGAAUUUCCGGUUAAAUUCAUACGAUGGUUUCGCAUAGUCGCAAGAGUUAUUAUCGAAACUCUUGAUCAUAGGAACGACCUAAACUUCCAACUUCUGCCAUGCAAAUGGCAGUGAAAAUUUUCUAAAUUAAUUAUUGAACACGAUGACAUAAUAUAUGAUCGCUAUGCGACAUUCUUUGUCGAAUACUAGCUUGGCAAACUUUCAGCUUGAGCUCGUCCGCAUUAACAGGACUAUAAUUUUCCUGUUCAAACACAUCCGGCCUCCUGAUACACAGGACGAUAGUCUCAUGACUAGCUACCCGGCAAAUUACAUGAUAACGAAAUCUUCCUGUAUAUACUGGGUCCCAGUAUAUUAUACUGGCACUCAGCCAACUUUAAAUUCCAACAUGAUGAAAUGUGUCACAUAAGUGGCAUUGUACUUGAGAAAUUCCACCGCCCAUCACGCACACGGUCGUUCCUAUACUCUGCUGUGCGAGCCAUUACUUGUUCAAAACUCAGUCCCUGCAAAAACUGGAGCUGAAUUGAUGGCGGCAGUUGAAUCUUUUUGACGUAUAUUUAACAUGUUGUACACAAUAUGACGUUCAGCUCAGAUC